AUGGACAUCAUGGUGGAUUACUACAAAAUCCUGGAUGUUCCUCAAAGUGCCUCUAUGAGUGAUAUUAAAAGAGCGUACAGGAGUAAAGUGCUCAGAUGGCACCCAGAUAAAAAUCCAGAUAACAGGGCAGAAGCUGAACAGAAGUUCAAGGAGGUUGUGGAAGCCUACAAAGUCCUUUCAGACAGAAGCACGCGUAACCAGUAUGAUGGGAGCAGCACAGAGACUUCCAAGGAAACAAAGAGAUCUGAGGAUGAGAAGCACCUGUCUGUGUUUGAUCACGAUGGCAUCAAAAUAUUCUUCACAAAACAACGUUCUUCUUCAGAUUUUUCUGUAUCCUUCUUCAGCGCUCCUAAAAGGUUCCAUCACUUUUCCAUCAUGACUGCCUUCAUGAAUGGCAAAAAAAUCACAACCAAAAGACAUCUUGAGAAUGAAAGCAAGUACUUGGAAGUUGAAGAGGACGGGAAGACGGUAUCUAUCCAUGUUAAUGGCAUACCUGUUUACGAUAGAGAAACUAACGCAAACAACUGGGAUUACAGGUUGAACAGGGGCUACUAUUACCCAGAAAAGAAUCAGUUUUGGACAUGUGAAAGGCGUCGGUGGGCAGAAGACUGGCGUCGGUGGGCAAGCCAAUGGCGAGACUGGGCAGAAGAGUGUCGAGAAUGGGCUGAAGGAAAGCAACACGAGAAAGACAAGUGCUUUUCUGGGGCUAAUGCUGGUCAACGCUGGGCAAAAGCAGCACAGGGUCCAAAGGCUAGUGAAGAACAUCUCAGGUCAGACAGGGGUUGUCCUAGGCCAGGGGAAGGGAAAUGUGAUCCGAAAGAGGGGCAUAAGACUAAUAAGGGACUAUCUCGCCCAAAAGUGGAACACUCCAAGUCAGAUAAAGGGUAUUUUGUGUUUCCCAAGCCAGGUGAGAAUUCUGGACCAGACGAAGGGCAUCUCAAGGCAAACAAGGGGCAACAGAGAGUGGACGAGGGGCAUCCCCCAUCAGAUAAGAAGAACCCAGGAGUUGUUAGGCUGGGGGAGGGACAUAUGGAUCAGGACAAGGGGCAUGCCACAAGGAAAAAAGAGCAGCCUAGGCAGGACGAGGGGCAGCCCAGGCCAGAUAAGGGGUCCCUCAGUCACAAGAAACCAGACCCUGUGUGUAAUGAAUCAGCUAUGAAGCGCAAGGUGGUUUCUGAACACAACCCUCAGGCUGGGAAUAGGGAGCCUCAUGCUGGGAAACAGAAGCAACAGGCAGAAAGAAGCAACCCACGUAUUGUGAAAAGCGAAAAGCUGUUCAGAAAGAAUGAGCCGAAGGAUGACAAGCCAGAGUCCAAAGGUGAGAAGCACAGGCUUACUUUAGAGUCUGAACCUGGGAAGGGAACAGAAUUCAAUGAUAUGAAGGGAAAGGCUUGUGCUGACACUAAAGUGGCUCCUCAAACACAUCUGACUUCCUCUGGUGGCAAAUGGCUACCACUGAAAAGGAAAGAGCCCCAGAUUCGGGCAAGAAAGCCAUAUGGCAAGAGGAGCAAGUCUCAAGCCGGAAGGAGGUCCUCGCACGGUGGUAGGAGCAGGUCCCGGGCAGGGAAGAAUAGGGUGCCUGAUGGACAAAGUAAGGGAGAGCCUGGGGGGAGCAGCUCAUCUAAAGGACUCGGUAAUGGAAGCAGGGAGGUGUCUCCUGAGGGGAAGCAGACACAUGCAGAUUCUAAGGGUGCACUGCAAGGUCGGAAAAAGGGAUCUCUGUCAGCUCUCCUGGGGGGUGACGUUUCUCUCCCAAAAAAACACAGACUGCUCAGAAGAACGGCACAAUGCCGCCUCUUAUCUGAAGGCCAGGGCGAAAAGCAUCAGUACAUAUCUGAAACGAGCCAGUUCCUCAGCAUGAAGGACCAACGGAGAAGGAGACUGACGAAACUCUCUCAGUCUGGUACACAGCUUCCAAGUAUUGAUGGCCAGAAACUUGGAGCGAAUCAGUUCCCAAAUGUGACUCAUUGA